UCCAAAUAAUGUUACUGGAUUGGUACAUAAAUGGAUGAUCUGCAGACAGUGUCAUUCAUCGACCUUCUGGCGCGAUGCGUCCAGAGGUGUGUCGUAGACUGGAAGCUGUUUUGCUACCGCCAGAGUAAUGAUGGAUCGUAUGUAUACAACCAUGCAAGAACUGGUAUAAUCCAGUUUACUAGGGCACAACGGGAGAUAUUCUUGAAACUGUAUGUACUGUACCAGUUUUCACUGCAUAUGCCCAAGCUGGAGAAGGUUAUCAAUGCGACUCAUGCAUUUGAAGGGUACCUGGAAAAAUGUGGUCGUGAAAUGAGUUUGAAUAUACGCAAGGUACAAUCCACUGACUUGGUAACGCCGCCACCGAAUACUGCAUUGGCCGUAGAUUUGCUCUCCACCGGUACUUACACCAGGAUGCCAACUAUGCUGGCUCAAUUGGCCCAUGCCGCUAAGACAAACACUGUGCCGCUACCGCCGCUAUCAGAUGAAGAUGCAGAUUUGACAAUUGAACGGAUAUAUAGUGAAUAUCGGUAUAUGUUCAAUAGUGCCAAGUGCAAGGACAGAGGCGUCAAGAUGGAAUGCCGUAAUGGACAGUGUAUCCUAUCGCAUGAUGGCAUGUUCAAUAUAGCGCUGAUAUAUGACUUCUGCGUCUGGCAGGCUCUGGUGGCAGUGCCACUGGUUUUAGAUCGCCUGGGUUGCAGUACUGAUGGUGACAUCCGUAAUACAUUCCUAGUGCUCAUAAUGUAUGCAGUGAAUAUAUACAACCACGAGAAGCGUGGUAACGUAUUUGACAGCGUAUUUCACUGCGCUAACGUAUUCGCCAGUAAGCUUGUAAUGGAGCGUUUGAGGACGCAGGCGGGUGACUACCGCGCUUUGAGGUUGACUGUCAUUGACUAUCGCAUGUACGUGUCCACGGAUCCUGAACAUAACCUCAUAACCUGUACUGAGGUAUCACUGAGCGAAGGUGAACUAUUGACCUUGGAGGUACACAGCUUCCCGGGUUUUAAGGAUGGAAGCAUCACCGGGUUGACACUUAAGUUCAGUAUGGACCACCUAGGUGAUAUUACCUUCGAGGUGAUUGAAUUGCCACUAUUGACUGAGAGUUGCAUUAUCGAGCAUAGGCUAGAUCAGUGGCUUGAUAGGGUUGCCGCCUUGCUGGAGCAGUACCAACUGGACAAGCUGGGAGUGGAUGGCAACUUCUUCAUGAACUACGCCACGGGAGCACUUAACAUAGCUGGUCUCUCGAUACCCUUUAGUUUACAGGAGUCACAUGUAUUGACGAAGGUACUACAGGUCAGAGAGGUAUUGAUGGAAUGUACCAAGCGUAUUGGUAUGACCCCGGGCCAGGAUGUGCCCAUAGAGGCCUUAAGGCAAUGCUGGCUCUGGGAGCCAUGCCAAAAGUGCUACACAGAUAACGACAGCCUGAUACCAACUCAAGCUGAACCUGGAGACACAAGUUAUAAUAUUGAAAUUAGUGAAGAUCCGGUAUCCCUGAGUGAUAAGCUAAAGGAAGCAACAUGUGACUUUUGGGUGUAUCUCUGUGAGAGGCCAGGGGCCGUGCACGGCGCUGUGGGAUACAAGCUAGAGCAAAGCAGUGAGUUGGAUAACCCUGAUACAGGGUUACUACUGACUAUCGGGACGCACGACGAGCAUAUAAUCGGUAACAAGCUGCUUGUGACCUAUGGGACAUCUGCCCUGGGAGUACUGCCACUGACGGCGGAAUACCAGCAGUAUACCUCCACACGCAAGUUUCUGCUAACGUUCCUUAAAUUCGCAACACAGCUGGCAGAUGUUUCCGGAUUCCAGGCGCAGCCAAUAUCGCCCGGUGAUACACAGAUAAAUGCAAUGUUUGAAUCGUGUGAAGUUAUCUUCAAUUCUAACCAAACGUGCGUCAUACGCUACGAGGGAAGUAGAUCUGAAUUCACAUCGCAUAAAGAGGCCGCUGACGCCUUGAGAAGUAUGUUAACUGGCAUAUAGAGCAGA